AUGGCCGGCGCUUACGAUGCGAGCUUGCCGGGGGUUCCUGAUUGGCUCAACAAAGGAGACAACGCGUGGCAGCUCACGUCGGCGACUCUGGUCGGUCUACAAAGCAUGCCAGGUCUCGUCAUCCUCUACGCCUCCAUUGUCAAGAAGAAAUGGGCCGUGAAUUCCGCUUUUAUGGCUCUUUAUGCCUUCGCCGCCGUUCUCCUCUGCUGGGUCCUCCUCUGUUACAAAAUGGCUUUCGGUGAUGAGCUUCUCCCUUUCUGGGGUAGAGGUGGCCCCGCCUUCGACCAAGGCUAUCUCAAGGGACAAGCCAAGAUUCCAGAAACUGUCAGGAAGUUUGGGAACGGUACGACGGAGAAAGAAGCGACGAUGCCUUAUUUUCCGAUGGCGACUUUGGUGUACUUUCAGUUUACUUUUGCGGCGAUAACGACAAUACUUGUGGCCGGCUCGGUGUUGGGGAGGAUGAAUAUUAAAGCGUGGAUGGCUUUUGUGCCAUUGUGGUUGAUAUUUAGCUACACGGUCGGAGCUUAUAGUCUAUGGGGCGGUGGGUUUCUGUACCAUUGGGGUGUCAUUGAUUACUCCGGCGGAUAUGUUAUUCAUCUCUCCUCCGGUGUUGCCGGCUUCGUCGCCGCUUACUGGGUGGGACCCCGGCCUCAGGCUGACAGAGAGAGAUUUCCACCGAACAAUGUUCUUCUAAUGCUUGCCGGAGCUGGACUUUUAUGGAUGGGAUGGUCUGGUUUUAACGGCGGAGCUCCUUACGCCGCCAACUUAACCUCCUCAAUCGCGGUGCUCAACACCAAUCUCUCUGCCGCCACAAGCCUCCUCGUAUGGACCUGCCUCGAUGUUAUUUUCUUCGGCAAACCUUCAGUUAUAGGAGCCAUUCAAGGCAUGGUUACUGGCCUCGCUGGAGUCACUCCCGGAGCAGGGUUGAUCCAAACAUGGGCGGCCAUAAUAAUUGGAAUAUUCUCAGGAUCAAUUCCGUGGGCUUCUAUGAUGAUCAUUCACAAGAAAUCUACACUCCUCCAACAAGUAGAUGAUACAUUAGCGGUAUUCUACACACACGCAGUAGCCGGAGUACUAGGUGGAUUACUGACAGGCUUGUUUGCACAUCCUGAUCUCUGCGUCUUGUUACUUCCUGUCCCAAACACCAACGGAGCUUUCUACGGCGGCAAUGGCGGCAAACAGUUUCUGAAACAGUUGGUCGGAGCUGCCUUCAUUACUGUCUGGAAUGUAGUGUCGACGACUCUCAUACUCCUUGCUAUAAAGAUUUUCAUACCGUUGAGAAUGGCUGAGGAAGAGCUUGGGAUUGGAGACGAUGCUGCUCAUGGAGAAGAAGCUUAUGCUCUUUGGGGAGAUGGAGAGAAGUUCGAUGCCACGAGGCAUGAAACGCAGAUGCAACAGUUUGAGAGAGAUCAAGAAGCUGCUCAUCCUUCUUAUGUUCAUGGUGCUAGAGGUGUCACUAUUGUUUUAUAAAAAUCCCUUUAUGUGCUUUCUUUUCUUUUUAUCUCUCUUUUUCUUUUCUUUUCUUUUCUUUUCUUUUGGUGUUGUAGAGACAUGAAAGAGUUGUGUUAUGUAUAGGUAAAAACUUCAGUUUUCAUUUUUUCUGAUGUAAUAGCAGUUAACAACCAUUUUGUGAUUUUGCAAACUAAGCUCAGAAAAAAUAUUCAUUUACAUUAUGAUUUGUUUGUAAUGAAUAUAAUUUCUUC